CAGCAGAAAUCACUAUCAGUCCACUGUUUUCAUAUUGUCAAAAUCCUUUAAACUUGAAGGAAUAAUUGGCCAGGUCGUAUGCACCAACCAUUCUGUACGUAGAGUUUUUCUUUCCCCUUUUUAAAAGAAAACACAGAAUAUGUGAUUAACAGUUCAACUUCAACUAAACAAUAAAACUGCAAAUUGAAAAUAAAUGCUGUCCAACCCUGUAAUCAUUUCUACCUCCAUAUAAUACAAUAUUCAGUUGAAGAAUUAUCACAAUCACUUUUAUGCAGGCUAUGAAUGAUAAUUUAAAUGAUGAAUCAGAUGAUUGUGUCCCAUCUAAGAGCACAAUGUUUAGUUUGAGGAACUUUAACUGCACACUACUCUAGUCUAACUUGUCUUGAACGCAAGGUCAUUCCUCUGCCUGCACAAGCUGCGGAGAACUUUCUCAGGGAACAGGAAGACGUUUCUGUUCCGCUCCAGGUCCUGAGCAUUUAUAACACGAGUCACCAGAGCUUGCUGUAUGGCUGGGGACUCACAGGGGUGAUGCUGCACGUUGUGACUCACAUUCCUUCCUGGUUCAAUGACUAACAGGCCCAGCGUGCCGGCUUCCUCCUCCCUGUUAUAUUCAGUCCCAUUGGUAUGUGCCUUAAUGCUUCCCAUGCUUACAGUGGUUUCAUUGCUUCUUUUUGACACACUGACUCCAAACUCUUCUGUGGUUCCAUGUGUUUCACAGUUUCUGCUUCCAUCAAUAGUUGAAUUGGUUGCAGUCGUCUCAUCUAAUCCAUCAGUGGAGAUACUUGUGCUAACCUGGCUAACAUUAAAAAGGUGAUCACCAGAGCAGGCCUUAUUGAUUGAUUUGGAUGUCUUGGUUUGUCUAGGUCGACUGGUGGUCCCAAUUGUGGGUUUUUGUGAACCAGGAGCUGUUUCCUUGGUGUUUCUGCGUAGAUAGGCUGUGUAGCCCUGAACCAGGAGACCUAUCCCAGACUUAUAAGACAGACGCAGCGACUCUGCCGAUCCUAGUGGCACAGAGUGCAGCCGCACCUGUUGGACAAGAAUAAAGACAUAAAGCCUUUUGACUUCAAGUUCCAGACAAGAGCAGAAACUUAGUGGAAAAUAGUGCAUCAACUCAUCCAACAGCUUCUUCAAAAGAUAGAUCUACUCUCUGUGGUGAACCAUGGAGAAACCAGAUAUUCUGAAGAUCCUCAAUGACGAACUCCUCACAGCCUACAGGAAGAUCAAUGCUCUUAAGGAUGAGGUGUGGCAGCUGCAAGACCAGCUUCAAGACAGAGAUGAGUUCAUAAAGAUGGCGGUGGAGAAGGAGAAGGAGAAGGAGAAGGAGAAGGAGAAAGAGAAGGAGAAGGAGAAGGAGAAGAGGAAGGAGAUUGAGACCGAGACCGAGAAGGAGAAUGAGAUCCAGGCCCUGACGGAGAAGGUGGAGCAGCUGGAAAACCAGCUGAAAGAGAAAGAUGUUGUCAUAGCGAAGGAGGUGAAGAAACGGCGCGCUCGCCUCAGGGCCUAUCUUGACUGCCUUGCUGAGCUAACUGACUGUCAGGCCAAGGUUAAGCUUAUGGAAGCAAGGCUGCACCAGGAGCGACCCCAGCCUGAUACAGGAUGUAGCAGUGAGGUGGAGGUGGAGAAGGAGAAGGAGAAGGAGAAGGAGAAGGAGAAGGAGAAGGAGAAAGAGAAAGAGGAGAAAGAGAAGGAGAAGGAGAAGGAGAAAGAGAAAGAGAAGGAGAAGGAGAAGGAGAAGGAGAAGGAGAAGGAGAAGGAGAAGUACAAGGAGAAGGACAAGGACAAGGACAAGGAGAAGGAGAAACUUGUGACGAUCUACAAUGUCGAAAUCCUCAGAGCCAACAGGAACAUUUUGAUUCUUAAGGAGGAGGUGUGGCGGCUGGAAAACCAUCUUAAAGACAGAGAUGAUAUCAUAAAGAUGGCGGUGGAGAAGGAGAAGGAGGAGGAGAAGGAGAAGGAGACGGAGAAGGAGAAGGAGAAGGAGAAGGAGAUUAAGAUUGAGACUGAGACCGAGAGGGAGAUGGAGACGGAGAAGGAGAAUGAGAUCCAGGCCCUGACGGAGAAGGUGGAGCAGCUGGAAAACCAGCUGAAAGACAAAGAUGUUGUCAUAACGAAGGAGGUAGAGAAAGGGCAUGCUCGCCUCAGGGCCUAUGUUGACUGCUUGGCCGAGCUCACUGACUGUCAGGCCAAGGCUAAAAUUCUGGAAGCAAGUCUGCACAAGUGAGCAGUGAGGUGGAGGUCAACAUGGAGAAGGAGAACGAGAAGGUGCUUGCUUCAGGGCCGAAAGGAGACGAAACUGCAGCAGGAGAAAACUCCAACUAUGGGACUGAGCUACAGAAAGGAGGAGGCCGAGAUGAGCUGGAGGAGAGAGAAGAGGUGGAGAAGCCCCCGCCCUCACCCUUUUUCUACUCCUCAAAACAAACCCCUCCCCUGUCCCCCUUUGUACAUAUUUGAAAUGAUCUAAUGAUGUGUUGUAAAUAUGUUAAACUUUUUGAAUAAAAAUAACUAGUAUAGUAACAUCUACCUCUGUCUUUCUGAAUAUACACACAGGAUUCAUUGAUCAAUUAACACAGUGUUGGAGUG